AUGCUGAUCAUAGGCUCGUUAUUUCAAGCCAAUUUUACACGUAUGACUGGAUACCUGUUUAAGAAAACGAUGUAUACUCAUUGUGGGCAGUUACUUGGAAGUCGAUGCACCCAAUGCUAUCCAAUAGUCUUAGUACGACGUACCUAUUUCUCCGGUAAAAAUGCAUCAUUAGAUGAUCAAAGCAGAAUCUAUUUACAAUCGUUAGGUGUCGACCUCGGCAAAGUAAAUAAAACUUUUCGCAAUAGAAUUAUUUGGUCGCUAGACGUCAUUGAACCCAAAAUAAGGAUAUUAUUGAAAGCAGGUAUAGAAAAGAGUUCUAUUUGUCAAAUGAUCAUUUAUAGACCACGAAUUCUAAACAUGAACGAAGAUAUUUUAAAGAUUCGAUUAGUAUUUCUUAAAAGUUUAGGCUUAACUGAAAGCAAAUUGAGUAAGCUACUCUCCGAGCAUUCUUUCCUUCUGACGUAUCAAGAAUCAGAUGCCCAAAAUCUACUAAGCUUUUUACAGUCUCGCGAUUUUAAUAAAUUUAAAGCAUGGGAUAUUAUCAUAAAGCGUCCACGAUUAAUUCUGGUUGGCGCUCAAAAUCUCCGUCAUACGCUCAAAUUUACGGAAAAGCAAAGUAGAAUGAUAUUCGACCUCAAUCCAUCCAUUUUAGGACACAGUCAAAAUUCUCUUCAACGAAAAUGUGAUUAUUUAAUAAAGAAAAUGGGUUAUUCUCAUCAAGUUAUUGCCGAAAAUGCUGCAAUACUAAGCUGCUCUUUGGAUACAAUCAUGUAUAGAUAUUCGUCUUUGAGUAAACACUCCGUUGAUAAAGAAUUAGUACCAAUUGCUCAAUUAUUGUUGUCUACUGAUGAUGCUUUCCAGGAAGAUAUUCUAAACGGUAGGAAUUAUAUCGAAAUAGAAUCCAAGGAUACGAUGGAAUUACAAUCAGAAGGAAGCAAGGAACAGCAUUGUAGCUAG